AUGUUUCUAUUUAACAUUCGUUCAACUAUUUGUCUUCGUAAUCAAAUUAAUUUACCAUCGAAUGAAGAUAUUCAACAUAUGUUCAAAGAGUUUCAAGAUAAUCAUGUUAUUUCUUGUGUUGAUUAUUUUUUCGAGGCUGAACGAAGUCAAUAUCAUUAUAUAUUCAUAUCCAUAUAUACUGAAACAUUACGAGAAUAUAACAAAUAA